UCUAAAGUUCCCAAAGUGGCUUAUCUGUAGUGUUGAACUGUCAGCGGACGAUGCUAACGUCGAUUCAUCGUGUGUUCAUAACACUACCAAAUCGCAUAAACUUAAAUCAUCUCAGAAGGACAAGGUUCGUCAGUUUAUGGCUUUUACUCAGGCUGGGGAGAAGACUGCUAUAUACUGCCUGACACAGAAUGACUGGAAACUAGAGGUGGCAACAGACAACUACUUCCAGAACCCUGAUUUAUACUACAAAGAAUCCAUGAAAAACUCUGUAGAUCGAAAGAAAUUAGAGCAAUUGUAUAACCGGUAUAAAGAUCCUCAGGACGAUAAUAAGAUUGGCAUUGAUGGGAUUCAACAAUUUUGUGAUGACCUAAAUCUUGACCCUGCCAGCAUCAGUGUCUUGGUAAUUGCAUGGAAAUUCAGAGCUGCCACUCAGUGUGAAUUCAGUAAAAAGGAAUUUAUAGAUGGCAUGUCAGAACUUGGCUGUGACAGUCCAGAAAAACUUAAAGCUCUCCUUCCAAGAUUAGAGCAAGAAUUAAAAGAUCCAGGAAAAUUCAAAGACUUCUAUCAGUUUACAUUUAACUUUGCUAAAAAUCCAGGACAAAAGGGCUUGGAUUUAGAAAUGGCCAUUGCAUAUUGGAACCUAGUAUUGACAGGAAGGUUUAAAUUUCUAGAUCUCUGGAAUAAAUUUUUAGUGGAACAUCACAAAAGAUCAAUUCCAAAAGACACAUGGAACCUUCUUCUAGAUUUUGGCAAUAUGAUUGCAGACGACAUGUCAAACUACGAUGAAGAAGGAGCAUGGCCUGUUCUUAUAGAUGACUUUGUAGAAUAUGCACGGCCAGUAGUCACAGGAUCCAAGAGGAAGACUGUAUCAUUUUAAGCCUUUUUUGUGAAAAAAGACAUGAAUAUUGCAAUGUGUGCAAUGCAAGUGGUAUUAAAUACAAAUGAAAGAAAGAUAUGAAAGAAUUAAGCCAUUCUUGGCUAGUGACUAUGCACUCACUGUUCUUGAACUGUGCUGUUGUGGCAUAUUGCUACAUUUGUUGCGUUUCUUGCCCAGGAUAACGAGUAACAACUCAAAGCAGCUGCUUUCAAAGUGACAGAAAAGAUCAGGUGACCAUUUUGGUUGGCAAAAAAGAAAACCCAGCUUUAGACUUUUAAUGGCUGUAUGAUAUAGAAUAUGAAAUCUGCAUGUUUUUAUAUUUUUGAACAUUGUGAUCUACAGAACCACUUUAUUAUCCAGAGCAAGAGUAUUCAAAUGAAGAAAGAAGCGACAGUUGAAUAAUGCAGCAUGUCAAUCAGUUCAUGACCAGGUGACCACCAGCACUUGCCCAUUUACAAUUGUAAUAUACUGUACUUAUACAUAAAAAAGUAUUUGUGGUGUAAAUUAAACAAUCAAUGAAAUCUG